AUGGCUACAAGAAAAAUUUAUUUGCUUGGUUUUUCAUGUAAAAAAUUAAGUCAACGAAAAUUACCGAGUAUAAGAAAAGUGUUGCAAUUAUUUUUCUACAAACACAUAGAUCCUAACCUUACAAUUCGACAGUGUUUUAAUCAAAUGAUUAGUGAUGUUUUAAAAGUUUGGAAAUCUACUGGUAUCCCAGUGUGUCAAACAUCUAACGCUGUUUCCAAAAUUAUGAAAAUUUAUGGAGAGUGGGAACUUUUGAAGAAAAAUAGAAAAAAGAAAACACAGAAUCAAAAAAUAAAAGAGCAUACAUUUACAAAUCGGCUUAAAAAUUUGUUUGAUAUAUCCAGUCGUAACUCAGCACAUCCCUUAACAGAAGCUCAGUCUGAAUUUUUAAAAGAAGAAUGGAAAACCUCAAAUCGACAUAGUAUUUUCUUGGCAUCUGUCAAUUCAGAAGUUUCGACAGAGACUCUAAUUAAUUUAGAUUUAGGUGGAGAACCAAACAACGAUUGCACAGAUUUGAGCCAAAGCUUGAGUCGUGGUAGCAGUUCUAUUUUAGAUUUGACAUCGAAAUCCUUCACAUCUUGUUCAGUAGAUCGCACGGAUUUCAAUUAUUCUGAUGAAUUUAUUAAUAAUUCACAAUCGGAAAAAAUUGAUAUUAUUAGUCCGGGUCUUGUUGCUGCGCUUGAUAGAACGAACACAAGCAGCAGAAGUGCAGCGUUCAUCUUAGCCGCCUCUUUACCUAGUGUGGGAGUGAAAGUUCCGAACGCAUUAAUAAGCAAUAGUACUAUUCUUAUAAAUUUUAUGACCAUAAUGGUGAAAACAGUGUACUUGAUUGGUGAUGUGUUAAGUGAAUUAGUUGGAAAAAAAUUACCCUCUCUGAAAGAGGUUAUGUCGCUUUUAUUUUAUUAUCUUGAUACGAAAAAUUUUUCAGUUAAAGAAAGUAUAUCAAUCACUAUCGACAAAGUUUUUGAAAUUUGGUGUGCAGCACAAAUCCCGACAAGAGAGAAAAGAUCUGCUUUUUUGAAACUAACCUCAAAUCACAAUCGAUGGAAAAAUUUACAAAAAAACCGUAAAAUGAAAAAGUCAAAGUCUCAAAAAAAAAAAAGGAAUCCGUUUUUCAGGAUGAAUUAA